CUUAAUUUUGCUAUGGCGAUGUUUUCAGUUUUUUCAAUGUUUUGGCAACUUUCUUUUACGAUCAAUUAAGUUGGUUUGACGUAUAGAUGGCGUUGAUUAUUUUCAGUCACAGCUAGGGGGCGACGUAAAAACUUGUUCUACUUGAUAAGCUAUUUGCUUUGUAAAUCUAUUUUUAUUAGUUUGUUUACUUAUCGCAUUCGCUAGUAUUGUUGCGAAGUUUCGUUUGAUGGGUUGGUUCGCAAUCUUAUAAAAGAAACUGUUAAUUAUAGUUGCUGGUUAAAUAAGAUAAAGCUUUCAAAUAUUGAACACAAAGUGAUUACAUUUAAUUUGCUGUUUUAUAAUUUUAAUUUUACGCAAAAAAAAUGGACACGAUGAAAGUGAAAGAGAACGUUGACCUACAGCGAGCGCGUCAAAAUACAGCUGUUGACAGCGGUUUAUUUGCGGAAUGGUGGGCUGGUGGGCGGGACGCCUUACAAAAACGUAGAGAUUUAGAAAAAUUGUUUUUUGAUGAUCCAGCAUUCAAUGACGAGAAGCAUAUCUCUUAUAUGUCGCAUAAGGAAUUGUAUGAACACUCAGUGGCGAAAGCAACGAAAUUCCUAACCAAACUUCGUGCAUGGCACAAAGAGCAGGAACGUGUCGAAAGAGCGGCUGGUAAACCAGCAAAAGGUGCCAUACAAUCAAUGUACGAUUUUCGUAUGAUUCUAAGUGGUUCAUUGGGAACUUCACUUUUUCAACAAAGUUUCCCGUUGCGUUUACAUUUCUCAAUGUUUUUGCCAACAUUGUUAGGACAAGGCACCGAAGAACAACAACGAACAUGGCUGAAUAAAGCAUGGAAUCUGGACGGCAUGAUUGGUACAUAUGCGCAAACAGAAUUGGGUCAUGGCACAUUUCUGAGAGGUUUGGAAACGCGCGCUGAUUAUGAUAUUGAACGAGAGGAAUUCAUUUUGAAUACACCUACGCUAACAGCCUAUAAAUGGUGGCCUGGUGGUUUGGGGCAUACGGCAAAUGUUGUUGUUAUUAUGGCGCAACUUUACAUUAAAGGCAAACAUUGUGGCUUGCAUCCGUUUUUGGUACGCAUACGAAGUGAGGAUACCCAUGAACCGGUUCCGGGAGUAGAUGUUGGUGAAAUUGGUACAAAAAUCGGUAUAAAUGGUGUAAAUAAUGGAUACUUAGGCUUCACAAACGUGCGUAUAUCGCGUACGCAAAUGUUGAUGAAAAAUGCACAAGUGUUGCCAGAUGGCACCUUUGUGAAAGGUCCAGAACCUCUAUUACUUUAUGGCACAAUGGUUUUUACUCGUGUGAUGAUUGUACGGGAUGUUAUGUUCGGACUUCUUCAAGCCGCGACUAUUGCUACACGAUACUCUUUUGUACGACGACAAAGUCCCAUUGCGCCUGACCAGCCUGAACCUCAAAUCAUUGAUCAUUUAACACAACAACAGAAAGUGUUUCCGCAAAUAGCCAAAGGGGUCUUCUUUCGUAUAGCCGCCGAUUAUGUAUGGAAGCUUUAUCAGGAGGUUGCGAAAGAACUCGAUGCUGGCAAUCGAAGCAAUUUGGCUGAGUUGCAUGCACUUUCCUGUUGCCUGAAAGCCGUUUGCUCGCAUGAAUCAACAACUGGUAUUGAAAUAUUACGUCGAGCAUGCGGAGGUCAAGGUUAUUUGACAUCAGCAAAUUUCUCACAAAUUUAUGGUGUUGCAACGGCUGCCUGCACCUACGAAGGUGAAAAUACGGUUCUCUUAUUGCAGACAGCACGUUUUCUAGUGAAAAAUUGCUUUGCCACAAAUAACAACAAUACGUUUCCGAAAACUUUAACGUAUUUGGGUGACACAAAGCCAUUGAAUUGGUCAAAUGAUUUGGUAACAUUGGUGCGUGCCUUGGAAAUUGCCGCCAGUCAGAAGGUACAAAAUGCAGCUAAAUAUCAAAAUUUGAAACGUGUAAAAAAUCAAAUCAAACAAGAAGUGGCAGCUAAUCUGGCGGGAAUUAAACUUACAGAAGCGGCAACAUUGCAUGGUCGUGCCUUCUUGGCACGUGUAUCCUACGAGGAAAUACACAAUCUGAAAAAUCGCAUUGAGCCAACUUUGUACACAGUUUUAAUUCAACUGUUGGAAAUAUUUUUAUUGGACAUGUUCUUGUCGAGUUUGGGUGAUGUGUUGCGUUCUAACACAAUCACUUCAGAGCAAUUAUCCCAGGUUGAAUUACGUUUUGAACAGGUUUUGGGUGAAUUCCGAGAUAACGCAAUUGCCGUAGUGGAUGGUUUUGAUUUUCACGACCGUGUUUUGGGCUCAACUUUGGGUUGCUAUGAUGGACGCGUUUAUGAGCGUCUCAUGGAAGAGGCCAAGAAGAGUCCGCUCAAUCAAGAAACUGUAAAUAGCAGCUUUCAUAAAUAUUUAAAGCCAUUUAUGCAGAACAAACUUUGAUUGUAAUUAUAUAUGUGUGUGUGUACUUAGAACUGUGUAAAAUUGCUUAAUAGUGAAAAACAGCAUUUAAUUACGCUAUAUAAUCUAAUUAUUUUUUUCUAGAAUUUAAUUAAUU